AUGUGUGGACCCCAGGUUGUUGGCUAUACAAUCUAUCAGGUUUAUUUUCAUCCCUUGGCCCAGUAUCCCGGUCCCUUAAUUGGCAAAUUCCUCAAAAUGGAAGUUGUGCAUCGCGCAUUGAUGAGAUCAGGUGGCGACGUCCACCUCCAUAUCCGACACUGCCACUUGAGAUACGGUAAGAAAAUUCCAGAGGUCAACUUUGAAUGCAACGGGGCACCAUUUAUUUAUCAUUUGAAGAGAGGACAGACUAACCUUGGAACUGUGUUUGUCAAUGUUAUAGGCUCAAUUGUUCGUUAUGGUCCCAAUGUACUGAUCUUCAACACUGUCGAAGGUCUCAAAGAUAUCUAUUCAAAUUCCAAAGAUAUUGUAAAAGAUGACUGUUACCAAGUGCUCCACGUGGGCGCUAAAAGCAUCUUGACCGAAACGAAUCCAAAAAGCCAUACACAACGGGCCAAACUCAUCGUGCCAGGCUUUCUAAGCCACUCUAUCAAUGAGUUUGAACCGAGGAUUCGAGAACACGUGUCGAGUUUGCUCACUGCCCUUUCCGCAGCUAGCAAAAUUGAAGGCCAAUCCGUCUCAUGGGGCCAGCCACUGGUGAUGUCCGAUUGGUGCAGCUAUUCAACUCUCGACAUGAUAACUGACCUGGUGUUUGGGCGAAGUAGCAACUUGAUUGGGCAACCGGAGCUAAGACACAUUGUGUCAGAUAUUGAAGGGAUGUUAGAGCAUGCCUCCUUUCUAUUACAUGCGCCAUUUGUUCUUCUUGGAAGGAUCGACAAGCUGCUAUUCAAGGGGAAAAUAAGGGGCACGAGAAGAUAUCGUCAGAUGAUCAAAUUGAUGAUGCAGGAAGCGGGGGAAAAUCAGAUAUACAAUCGUCUUGCACACCACGCGGCUUCGAACUCCCCCUCAAGCUUUGCCUUAAGCAGGACGGAGAUCUGUUCUGAGACAGCGUUGUUGGUGGUGGCUGUGCUUUUUUACCUUGCCAUGUAUAAACACGUCUAUGAGAGACUACGACGUGAGAUCCACAGCACUUUCCAGUCUCUUGAAGACAUACACACAGGCCCUGCUCUCCAGAGUUGCACAUACUUGGAUGCUUGUCUUAAGGAGACCCUGCGAAUAUCUCCCGGCGUAUCGAGCGCGCUAUACCGAAAAGUGGGCAAGCGCGGGGCAGUCAUCGACGGCCACUUUGUUCCUUCCGGGUGCAGUGUGGCCACUGGAAUUUACAGUCUGCACCAUAACGAAAGCUACUUCCCACAGCCCGAUAUUUUCAUUCCGGAGCGAUGGCUGCCGGGGAAUGAGUCUGACUCUGUAUCUGCCACCCACGCUGCAUAUGUUCCAUUUUCCCUUGGGACCCGUGCAUGUCUGGGUCGCAAUUUGGCCCUGAGGGAACUGGAAAUCAUGACGUCUGCGAUCGUCUGGCAGUUUGACUUCAAAAUCUCGCAGAGCCAUGCGAGCCUUGGGGCCGGACAUCCACUAGGAGGGAGUGGUAGGACAAAUCCAAUGGAAUUUCAGCUGAGUGACCACAUCGUAAGUCACAAGAAGGGCCCAGCACUUCAGCUCCGGCCUAGGAAGCCUUGA